CGAUUGUGGAUCUCCACACGCUUGAAAGCCCGCGUCUAUCCAGGCAUCUGAGGUCCAACCCCUUGCUUGCCCAUCCUCGGGUUUUCGCAGCGUCUGCGAUUCUAUUCAGAGUCUACACCUCCACUGACCGCAACGCACGCAACGCUCUUCCUUCACUUUGGAUUGCACUCCAUCCCAGCGAGGUCCUGCGCUAGCCAUCGUUGCCUUACCAAAUGGCUUCCGCAGUGGAGAAGAAGCGGGAAAGACGGAGGGAGUCCUUGUCAGACGAACGAGACUCCGCCACGUCUGGGCAUGCAGCGCAGGAUGGAGGGAAUGGAGAUGAAGAGAAAGCUCCAGAGGCGGCGGCGGCUCGCAAGAAGCGCAAGGUGCUGCAGCACGAAACGCUGUACCUCAGCAACCUGCCGAAUGCCGAAAGGUAUUACAAGUCUCUGAUGCACCGAGAUGUGGUCAACUUUGUCACCGUCACGCGCAACACCAACUUUCUGAUCACGAGCUCGGUGGAUGGACAUGUGAAGUUCUGGAAGAAGCAGGAACAGGGAAUCGAAUUCGUCAAACACUACAGAGCUCACUUGGCACCCGUCGUGGCCGUGAGCGCCAGCUCGGAUGGCAACCUCUUCGCCACGGCUGCGAGCGAUGGGAGCAUCAAGGUAUUUGAUGUACAAAAUUUCGACCUCAUCAACAUGCUCCAGCUGCCCUACGUGCCGCGCGCCUGCGCUUGGGUUCACAAAGGAGGUCGAGCUGGCACAUUGUUGGCAGUAGCGGAGGAGGGCUCCAGCACUGUUCGAUUCUACGACGGAAGAGGUGAAGGGACACCGUCAGCAGAGGCGACAGGCGUUCAUCGUGCACCUGUACAUCUCUUGGCCUACAAUGAGCUGUACGAUUGCAUAGUAUCCUCAGACACCUCUGGCAUGGUCGAAUACUGGAGCCCCAAGGAACCGUACUCGCUCCCCAAGCAUUCGAGUUUGUGGCAGUACAAGAGUCAAACAGAUUUGUUUGACUUCAAAAAGUCCAAGUCUGUGCCUGCGACUCUGACAUUUUCGCCCGACUUUUCCCGCUUCAUCACGCUCUCUCCGGCAGAUCGCCAAGUGCGUCUAUUCGACUUUGCAAGCGGCAAGCUGCUGCAGAAGUACGACGAAUCUUUGGCCGCUCAGCAAGAACGGCAAGCAAAUGGGGACGGACCUGAUAGAUUGGACGAUAUGCAGUUCGGAAGGCGUUUAGCUUUGGAACGUGAUAUCGAUGCUAGCUGUGCCGAUGCCCUUGGCGAUGCUGUCAAGGCUGCUAGUGGGGCGUGUACAGCUAGCGCAGCAUUUGAUGAAAGUGGCAACUUCUUAGUAUACCCCAGCAUGUUGGGUAUCAAAGUCGUCAACAUACUCAGCAACGAUGUGGUCAUGAUCCUUGGCAAAGACGAAACGAUGCGCUUCACCAACAUUGCGCUUUUUCAGGGCAUCGCAAAGCAAAAGGCGCCGAAGAGCAUCGCCCUGGCUGCUUCUGAUAAUCCACUUGCAAAUGAGAAGGAUGUCUUGGAUCCCACACUUUUCUGCACGGCAUUCAAGCGUGCUCGGUUCUACCUCUUCACACGAAACGAGCCGGAGAGUGAUCCUCGAUCCCGAAGCGGAGCUGAUCGAGACGUGAUCAACGAGAAGCCGACGCGGGAAGAACAGACGAUAGCGGCGGCCCAGCAAGGCAAAGCGUCACGCAGCAAGGUGGCCUCCACCGCCGUGCUGCACACAACGAUGGGUGACAUACAUCUCCGUCUUUUUGACCAGCAGGUCGCCAAGACGGUGGAAAACUUUGUUGGCUUGGCUAGAAAAGGUUAUUACGACGGCGUCAUAUUUCACAGGAUCAUCAAGAAGUUCAUGCUGCAGACUGGCGAUCCAUUGGGGGACGGAACCGGAGGAGAGAGCCUGUGGGGCAAGGAGUUUGAGGAUCAAUUUGUCAAGGAGCUGAGGCACGAUAGGCCCUACACGCUGAGCAUGGCCAACGCUGGGCCAAACACAAAUGGGUCACAAUUCUUCAUCACUACCGUUCCCACUCCUUGGCUGGACAACAAGCACACCGUCUUUGGCAGAUGCGUAGCAGGCUUGGACGUGAUACACGCCAUUGAGAAUGUCAAGACCGACAAGAGCGACAAGCCUAGGGACGACAUCAAAAUUGUCAACGUUACCAUCGGAAGUUAGCAUGCUGCAUCGCGAACGUCGUCGUCGCCCACAUCACCUUGGUACAUUUCGAUCGCAAGCAUCUCGGACAUGGCCGUCGAGAAUCACAGCAUACCAUUCGCAAGGUCUGUCGACCCCUCGAGUAGACAAUAAGUAUUUGCAGCGCAUGUCUUUGUGGCAAAAGGCACGCUAAGAAAGAGUAUGCGUGUGAACGAGACAAGUACAAAAGAUUCCUAUUAAGGUAUAUGAAGCGGGAAGGGCCCCAACGUGCAGCCUGGACACCGCUGGCCCUGUGAAGAAAAUGCAGAUAAGCGCUUUCGACUGUCCGUUUGGAAGAAACAACAACGAGAGGGGCAGACGAAACCUGAAUCACAGCAAGAGUGCAGCUCCGAGGAUGAAAGCGACGAGGUUGAAUGCUAGCAUGGGC